UUUCGUUGCAUUCUGAAUUUUUUUUCUGAAUUAUUUCAGAUAUCAAGAUGAUAAGUGGCAAGUGACAGUUUUUGGACUUAUAGCAAAAGUAUAACGUUUAGACGUACGGGCAAGGCGUUCUUCAACUUUGAAGUGGAGUAAAACAGGAAGUAAAGUAAUUAUAAACCUUUUCACGGCUGGAACAAAUGGAAAACCUUUGAAUUUAUGUGGAAAUGUUACUUCGUUUGGGGAAUUUAUGAAAGCAAUUAUAACUGUGUGAAUUUAAACGUUUCUACAAGAACUGAUGCGUUGAACUUUACAGUCUAGGCAAACGGAAUUAAUCAUUUAAAGGCAAACAAUACUAUUAAAACAACUACAAAAACACAACACAACAACAUAAAAAUCAAAAACUUUUACCAUCUUUAUUUAAGGUUGUCUUAAACCUGACUGUGAAAAAUGAGUGUGUUCUGAUAAUUACCUGAUUACUCUUGUAGGCAUUAAUCUUGUUUGAGUGCCAUGAUGCUCCUUUAACUGCAGUUUCAUCACAUCGAUUUUAUAAAGGUCGAUAUCACGAAAGAGGCUGCGGAACAAACUCUGUGAAACUCAAAUUGUAAUGAGAAUCUAGUGUGAACGUUGCUGCUUCUGAAUUAAAAAGAAGUGAUUGUUUGGAAAUAAUGUUACAUGAAUAGAUUGAUUGUGUGAGCUGCAUAAUUGAUAGAAGCAAUAACAAUUAAAUCUGAUCGAUAGCUUGUGAAAGAAUUCUUUACAAAGCUAUGAUAAAACCCGUUCAUUUUAUCUAAAUAGUAGUGCGAACUACUAUCAAAACGUGUGUCCGAUCUUUUCAUCGAUAUAGGCAAGUUAACAAAAUAAUUAGGACCCUGUUGUAAUUAUUUUGUUCUUCGAUAGAAAAGGAUUGAAAAUAAAUACUCGCAGCAAGGAGAAUUUUCCGCUUGCAUACGCUAUCAGAUGUGACUUUGAUGUAGGUGAAACAGCCUCGUAGAUAUGUUAUGACGUAAAGACUCGUGAUUUCUAUGGAAAUAUUAUUUUAUUAGAUUCUUUAAAAAGGAUCGUUUAGACAUUUGUAACGUAAACCUGUGCAUUGGAAAUAGCGGAAUUAAAGGAGAAUAAAGGGAUUCCAUUACUAUUCUCAUUAAUUUAUUGAAGGAAAUAUGAGAAUAUUAUUUGAGCUUUGAAAAGGAAAACUGAUCCAAGUAGCGACGGUAUAUAAAAAUUCAGUGAUUUAUGAUGCCAAUGAAAUUCAUAUUGAAAAUCAUCUUUUAGAUUAUUUUUGUCACGAUUUACUGAAAGUUUUACUUCAAUUAUACAUCGAACAUACUCAUCAUUAUAUCUAACUGUGCUUUAUAUCCAAGCUUUUAAAUAUUUUUCGGAUUAAUCAAAACUGGAAUUAAGGUGUCAUAAAGAUGAACCUGGAAAUACCUGACGGAUUAGGUGAUCUCCUUCGGGAUUUUACGGUUUCCGUGUUACGUGAUAGGCCAGCGGAUAUCUAUGAUUUUGCUGUUGGAUAUUUCACGAAGGUAAGAGAAAAUCGACGACCUAAAGCUGUCCCUAUGUAUGUCAUUGUUGACGACGACGAGGAAGCAUCUGAGCCUGACAAAGAUAACUUCAAGCCGAAAUGUCAGCGAUUAAAUCGGUACGGUAGACGACAAUCAGUGUCUGCUGAAAGGUAUGACCCGGAAGAAGACGAUGAUGAUGAAGAAAAAACAAUUCAUGCUAAGACAGAUGAACAAAGGGAUCGUUUGACUGAGGCUGUAAGUGGUAUUUUGUUAUUCCGAGCUCUAGAGCCAGAACAAAUGCAAGAUGUCUUAGAUGCAAUGUUCGAAACGGUUGUAAAUCCAGGGGAUUUUGUUAUAAGGCAAGGCGAUGACGGUGACAAUUUCUACGUCAUUGACUCUGGAAAAUAUGACGUCAGUGUAAAUGUAAAUGGUGAGGAGAAGAAGGUCCAUACAUUUGAAGACAAAGGAAGCUUUGGUGAGCUAGCUCUUUUGUAUAAUAUGCCAAGGUCGGCAUCUGUUAUGGCUGUCACAAAAGGCUCACUUUGGGCAAUGGAUAGAAAUUCCUUUAGACGAAUCGUUCUUAAAAGUGCAUUCAAGAAAAGGAAAAUGUACGAAGAACUUCUUGAAAAUGUUCCAAUUUUAAAAUCUCUUGAGCAUUAUGAAAGGUCAAAUCUAGCAGACGCAUUAAUGUCAAAAACUUUUAAAGAUGGAGUGUGUAUCAUUCAACAAGGUGACGAGGCAGACGGAAUGUUUUUCCUAGAGAAAGGAGUAAUACGGGUCACAAUCAUAAAUCCUGACGGAGUAGAAGAAGAAUUAGGUCAACACUCUAAGGGCAAAUAUUUUGGAGAGCUUGCUUUAAUAGAAAAUCAACCCAGAUCAGCAAAUGUUUACGCCGUGGGUGAUAUCAAAGUUGCUUUCCUCGAAAGAGAAUCAUUUGAGAGACUUCUUGGGCCAUGCCUUGAUAUUAUGAAAAGAAAUACUGAGUUUUAUAAGCAGUAUACUGAACAACAUCCUUUGAAAAGCAGAUGUGACUAAUUUAGAAUCAAUGAGCAACAAAUACUGUUUAGAAUCGAAUAACGUUUUAUAUGAUGACGUAUUAAGGUUGAAAUGAAACUCGGAGAGACUGAAUGUACCAUACUCAUCAAAUAAGUACACAAACUUCGUUACGAGCUCAUAAAUGUGUAUUGUUUUACAUGUGCGUUGUAGCAGACGCCUAAACAACGGCAUCUGGUAUGAAAAAAUUUCCAAUGUUCACAACCAAACUACAACCGUGACCAAAGGUUGUCUAUAAAUGAUCGACAGAGACAAAGGGUGCCAGACAAAUUUAAUAGAUUAUUUGACACAAUCAAUCAUUUGCACUGAAAAGCUAGGAUUUAUUACAAUUAUAUUUGUUUGCAUUUUACUUGAAUAUGCGUUACUCUCAAUUCCAAUUCUAUAGUGAUUGUUUAAUCAGUGAUGAUUCCAUUAAUUCAAUCAUUAGGACAUGGCAAAUAAAAUCAGAACUUUAGAAAUGCUUUACAAGAAUAAAAAACAGCAGUCUUGUGUUUUCUAUGAAAUUUAAAUUAACAUAUUCAUCUAUUAUAUUGUGUAUAUGACUUUCGGAAAGACCUAUCUUCUAUUUAUGUAAAUGCCAUCGAUUUAUUCUUUAUAAAAACGCAAUCAAAAGCUCAAUGAAUCAUUGGAUUUCUUAGUAAGGUUGUUAUGUAUUUCUUUUUUUUACAAUAGAACUAAAAUUUACUACCAUAGAGUAGCUGACUAUUUUUGUUGUAACAUUAUUCAUUUGUCUUGAAUAAACGAAAAUCAAAUUCUUUAAAAUUAGAACUUUAUAACUGAGAACUUUGCGUUAGUCUAUGUUAAAAUAAAAAAGUGGUACAAUAAUAUAUGAACAAUAGUUGUGACAUUUAUAUAAUUAUUAUGAUUAAAAAUACUUUCUUUAAAAUAGCAUUCUGAAAUAUGUACUAAACUUAUUAUGUCACUGAGAAAUAAUGUUUCUUAUAACUUAAGAAUUGACAUGGUCCUAUAGUUGAAUCUUUGUUUUAGUAUGUACAUUGUAUUUCAAAUUAACAUAAUAAAUCACAUUAUGAUAUGUA